UACCUUUUCAUUCGUUUCGGCAACACUUCCUCUUCGAGAAGGAACUCAAAUUUAAGUUCAACAGCCAUGCUGAAAUCUUUGGCCAGGAGAAUUGUGCUGAUGCCCAGCCUUAUAGCUCUGGAGGAUACUAGUCGAGCUAUUCACAUUACCGCUUUAAUGGCGAGGAUGGGGAAGGACUCGUGUCCCGAGAGUGAGGUUCCCGACUGCAAAGUGGUAAAGAGGCGCCCAUGCAGUCCCACGGAUCCACCAGUUCGUCCUUGCAGCGAGGAGGACUGCACCCAUCCGCGAUACCCAUGUUGCGUAAGUACCAGCAUUGCGACGAAUCCGUGCGCUAAGUCGAACAGGAAGACCAAGUCCGUCUCCAUGUGGAAGAGCUACAAGGAGAAAGGCAUCGAGCGGCCGGAAGCUAUGUGGCACUACCCGGAGGAGUGCUGCCCGAAAUGUGAGGAUACGCGCUUUGACGUUCUGUACUACACUCCGUCGGACAAGUGCCGGGAGUUCCAGCGCACCUGGUGGGAGUGCUGUCCGAAAAUGGUGCCGAAGCGAGUGUGUUGCUGGUGCGACGCCAUUCCGCCGGAGGUCAUGCGACGGGAUCUGCCCAUCUGCCCGCGAUCCUCUUGUCUCCAGGAACACGAAAGGAAGCGCUAUAAGUGCCUGAACGAAAAGUACAAGGGUUGCGUGCGCAUCCGUAUGCCGUGUUGUCGAACCGCUCGAAUACCGCCCGACUGCAAGGCGUUCCCUGGGCCCUCCGGUUGCGAGAAGAUAAAGUGCCCGUUUCCCAGUUACUCCGAAUGCGUUCAGGAGGAUCCCGCUGUUAUCCCAACGCGGCCACCAGAGUGCGAGUGCCUGAAAAAGGCGUCUACAUGCGAGCAGAUUCGACGGGGACAACACAUGGAAGUCCACAACAUUAGCAUGUGGCCCUGUUUUCGCAGGGGAUCGUGAGGAUGAAGACCCUAAC